AUUGCACUAAAAUUAGUUGCUCUUUGCACUAAAAAAAUUAGUUGGCUCUUUUCACUAAAAUUAGUUGGCUCUUUCUCAUCAUGCCAAUGUGUUCCUUGUAUUCACCACUUCUUCUCUUGCUUUUCCCAGCCAUCAUUGCCUCUCAAAUUGUCACCAAUCUUCCUGGUUAUGAUGGUGAUCUACCCUUCACCCUUGAAACUGGAUCCACUAAUGCUAUGGCUCACUGGUGGUCCUGGUUGUUCAAGUCUCACUGCCUCGUUUUAUGAAAGUGGUCCAGUUUCUUUCGAUUACGAAAAUUAUUCUGGAGGUUUACCAUCACUCCAUCUGAAUCCUUUUUCUUGGACACAGAGCCUAAACAUAAUAUACCUAGAUGCACCAGUGGGCAAUGGAUCCUCUUACUCUACAACCCAAGAAAAUUACCAUUCUGAUGAUAUUAAGUCUGCUUGGCAGACCUAUCAAUUUCUUUACAAGAUAUCUAAAAUCUGAAAAUUCAAAAUUUGAGAAUUGUUUUAUUCAAUUUUGAUUUUAUUGAUUUUUCAUAGCAUAAAAAAAACCGAAUAUAAUUGUUAAAAUCAGAUUUUUUUUCUCUUUAAUUUUAAUUAGGUUAAUUAAUUGAUUUAAUUUAAUUACGUUGAUUAAUUUUUAUUCAAUUCUU